CUGAUUGUACAUGGUGAACAGCUCUAUAAGUAAGUUCCACGCAAGGGUCACAUUUUAUAGUGGAUUAGCCGGCCGAGUAAAGAUGGUUGUCUUUCGCUGGGUAAUUCCGUUGAUUUUAGCAGUUGCCAGUUCGGUUGACAGUAGGCAUGACCGACCUCCGGUUGCGCAACAUGGAAGCAACAACCCGUAUGAUGAGGAGGAGGCAAACAAGAUUGCGAUGCUGAUCAACGAACUGGAUGAGGAUGACGAACAGAAUCUCUGGGAGUGGAGCGGUUUAUUCGAAGGUGACAUACUGCUGGAUCCAUCGAACGGUCGCAAUGUGAUACUUGAUGAGACCAAACGAUGGCCCAAAGGGAUCGUUCCGGUCUACAUUGCAGAGAAUAACUUCGCGGAUAAAGGGAAGCAAGUGAUCCGGGAGGCCCUGAAGGUCAUUUCAAAGAAAACUUGUAUCAAGUUCCGUCGAUAUCGCGAAGAGGAUACCAGUUGGGUGGUAUUCCGAUCCAAUGCUAGCGGAUGCUGGUCCAGUGUGGGUAUGUAUCCUGGUGGUCAAACGGUUAACCUACAAAAACCAAGUUGCGUACGACGCAACAUUGUGAUACAUGAGGUACUUCACGCGCUAGGAUUUUGGCAUCAACAAAGUGCUUCAAAUCGUGAUGACUAUGUGCGCAUCUUGUGGGAAAACAUCAUACCUAAACAUAAGAAAAACUUUAAAAGGUACAACACUAGCAUAAUCACAGACUUCGGGAUCGAGUACGACUACGAUAGUAUCAUGCACUACAGUGCCAAGGCGUUCUCGAACAACAAAAAACCGACGAUUGAGCCACUGCAACCGGACGUGGUACUUGGAAAGCGGAAGGGCCUCAGUAAGAAGGAUAUCGCCAAGGUUCAGCACAUGUACCAAAGUCGAUGUUCGGAGCGCAAGAAUCAUGAAACGAAUGACGAGAGUCACACGAGUAGUAGCGAACAGGAUCCGUCCAACAGUUUGGUUCGAUGCUCGUUAUUUUCGGCUAGACUGGAAAGUUUCCGUCGUAGAUCACAACAAAGAUAUUAA